CACUUUUUGUUUACUGAAAUCAUCGAUAAUUCCGACUUACCUAGUCGAUAGGCACGUAAACAACAUCGAAAUAUACAAAAACAAUUGUAUUUAUUGAAAAUUGUUAAAAAGUUUUGUGGCUUAUUAAAUGAAUGCUCUUACGGAUAAGGUACUUGUGACCAAGGAGGCACUGGCUCUGGCCCUUGGGGACAAUUGGGAACGGUAUAGGGCAAAUAUGAAAAAUUGGUUUCGCAAUCGAUGGACGAAAGAGGAAUUUGAUUGCGAAUGCAGAAAAAUUAUGUCGCCCGACAAACUCCAUUUGCAUAAUCAAUUCUUACUGGCGCUUCUCAAUAAGAUCGAUGCCUUUGCAGCCCCCGAAACAAUUGCUACACUACAGCCCACAUGCACAACGAGCAGUCGAAGCGGCAGCGGCGCCGCUGGCAGCAGCAGCAGUCGAAAACGCAAACGCAGCUCUCGCACCUUUGCGGAUCGCAUUAAUUUCGAACUAUGCGAUGUGUUGGAAUUUGUUAAGGAGGACAAUAUGCAGUUGAUUCGCCCGCCCACAUUAGCAGGUGACCAGGGAAUGCAGCAGCAGCAGCAACUGCCCACACAACGCUAUUGCGCACAAGAAUUAUUUUUGCCCGACGCUGGUUUUAUAAUGGGACGCUUUUUAAUUGGUGCCUGGGAAAUUGGCUUGAUCUCCGUGGAAGAUAGUGUGGCCGAUUAUGUGGCCAUGGCCGUGCAGGUGCUGCUCAAAGAUUUGCUAGCAGCAAUUAUCAAGAAACGCAAACAUUAUAAAACUAGCGGCGAAGGCAACUUUUUCUAUGAUGUGGGCGCCCAACUACGCGAUCCCUCGCUGCGCAACACAGUCACGCGCCAGAAGGUGGACGACACGCCACUGGAACACGACAAGGAGCUGAACACAGCCAACUUUAUGCGACGACAAAACGAUGAUAUUGUCUUUCUCUCAGCUUGUGAGCAAGUUUUACCCUGUGAACGCACUGUGAUUACGUUGAAGGAUUGCCAACGUGCUUUUAGGGACCGCAAUCUAAUUGGCUCUCAUGCAGUUUACUCUAUCAAUAUGGAACGUUUGAAUAUGAUGAUGCACUAAAGAGAUUCUACUUUUACAGUAUUUAUUUAAGAA